GUAGUGAGCGCGAUCAGAUUUGCUUUCAGAUUUUUGCUUUUGAUUGUUUUGUUGAUUCAAUUACUAAUUGUCAUUUAUCUUAAUUAUUGUGACCUUUUCCCCCGGUUUAUUUGAUUGAAUUGAUAAAUUUUAGGUGUAUUUUAAGUAGAUAACGAUGGAAAAUCUACCUGGAUCAAGUGAAGAAUUGGAAAAUAAUGAUUCAAAUGGUGAACCAGAAUUACAACAAUUAUCAGCUGAGGAAAUUGAAGAGAUGAAAAUUAAAUGUGAUCAACUUAAACAACAAGGAAAUACCAAAUUUAAAGAUAAUCAACUUGAUGAAGCAAUUGAUUUAUAUUCACAAGCAAUCAAUCUGUGUCCAUUAACCAAUAUUCUAGAAAGAUCUGUUCUAUUUAAUAAUCGAGCUGCUGCUUAUUUCCAUAAACAUGGUGAAGAAUCAAGUCAAUCUGAUGGCGAUGAUAACAAUAAAGGAAGGAACAAUUUAACGGAGGUUGAAGAAGAAGAAGAAGAAGAUGACAAAGAUGAUGAAGAUAAUUUGGAGACAAAGGAAAAGACUGAAAGUUGGCUGGACAAAUGUGUAGCUGAUUGUUCAUCAUCAAUUGAUCUUAAUGAAAAGUAUAUUAAACCCUAUCUAAAGAGAGCUCAAGCUUAUAGAAAGAUGGGAAAGGAUAAAUUGGACCUUUCAUUGGAAGAUUAUGAGAUGGUGAUUAAAAUUGAUCCAACAAUCAAGGAAUGUUAUCCAGCAAUUAACCAGUUAAAAGAAGAGAUUGACAAACGUAACGAACAGAUGAAAAAUGAGAUGAUUGGAAAAUUGAAAGACAUCGGUAAUGUUGUUCUCAAUAAAUUCGGCCUAUCAACUGAUAAUUUCCAAAUGGUUAAAAAUCCUGAUACUGGUUCAUAUUCAAUUAAUUUCAAAAGCUAAAUUGAAAUUAACCAAACACCAGCAGAAUUUGUUUCCCAUCAGUUUUCAUCAGUUACAUUCAGCUUGUUACGAUUAAUAUUAUGUAUAUUUUCCAGUGAUAAUCAAUUAAAAACCCAAUUGAAUUAUUAUAAAUGAAACGAAA